UUCCGAACCUACCCGACGCAAAAGCAGUGCGCGACUUGCGAGUACAGAAAACUGAAGGCGAGGCGACCUGCGACUCAGCCAAACCCUACCGCGACCUCGACCGCGACCACGUCGGCGAUGAGCUCCUCCAACGCCGGGAAGAAGCCGGCGUCCGGCGGGCGCGGGGGUCCCACCAUCCGAACCCUCGCCGACAUCAACCGCGGCUCCUCCGGAUUCCCAGGCGCAGGCGGCAGCGGCAGCGACUCCGACGAGCCCCAGGAGUACUACACGGGCGGCGAGAAGAGUGGGAUGCUUGUUCAAGAUCCAACAAAAAGAAAUAAUGUAGACUCAAUCUUUGAACAAGCUAGAGAGAUGGGUGGUCAGCAAGUUCCACCACUUCCUUUUGAGGGCCAAUCUUCGAGCUCAAGAAGCUUUGUGGGAACUGGUCGGCUGCUUUCAGGGGAGACAACACCAUCUGUUCCUCAACCACCAGAGGAUGUACUUCACAACAUACAUUUCUGGAACAAUGGAUUCACUAUAGAUGAUGGUCCACUAAGAGGCUAUGAUGACCCUGAAAAUGCAGAUUUCAUCGAGAGCAUCAAGAAGUCCCAGUGCCCCCAAGAGCUGGAGCCUGCUGAUCGAAGGACAUCUGUUCAUGUUAACGUUAUAAAGCGAUAUGGAGAUUACGAGGAACCUGCAAGGCCUCGCUCAUUUUUCCAGGGUGUUGGGAGAACCCUCGGUGGUGGAUCUUCAGCAGAUGACACUCCAGCACCAGCUCCUGUCACUCAAGAGCCUCAGAGUGCUCCCCGGUCAAUUGGUUUCGUUGUGGAUGACUCACAGCCGUUUGCAUCCAUAACAAUAAGGUUGGCGGACGGCACUCGCAUGGUGGCUCGGUUUAACCUUCACCACACCGUGGGUGACAUCAGGUCUUUCAUCGAUGCAUCCCGGCCAGGAGCUGCGCGGCCAUAUCAGUUGCAGACUGGCUUCCCACCCAAGCAGCUGACUGAUCCAACACAGACUGUUGGGCAAGCUGGUCUUGCAAACUCCGUUAUCAUGCAGAAGAUGUAGUUCUCUCACCAAGCUGGGACUCAUCGCACAGAAUCAUCUUUCCCGCACUUUAAACUCGGUAGUGUCGAACGGUUUAUCAUGUCACCUGAUACUGCACUUGCGUGCAACCUGCAAUUUACCAGAGUACACCGGUUGUUUUGUCGAUAUUCACUGCACCCGCAUACUGUUGCUAAUGAAGUGCCAUUGAAAUUCUAUGCGUAAUUUCCAUUCUUCA